AUGCGAUCAAUUGUUUUGAUGUUUUUAUUGGCUGUUGUUGUUAUUAGCUUCGAGAAAUCAAUUGCACGUCGUGAAUCUUGGGAUGGUGGUUUCCGUAGUCGUCCUAUGUUAGACAGUAAUCGAGGAGGUAAAGGUGGACCAGGAGGUGGAGGUGAUAGAUAUGGCGGUGGAGGGAGAGGUGGAUAUGGCGGUGGAGGGAGGGGUGGGUAUGGCGGUGAAGGCAGAGGCGGAUAUGGCGGUGGAGGUAGAGGUGGAUAUGGCGAAGGCAGAGGGAGAGGUGGUGGAGGUGGAGGGAUAGGUGGAUAUGGAGGCGGAGGUGGUGACAGAUAUGGUGGUGGAGGUGGUGGCAAAUUUGGAGGCGGAGGUGGUGGCAAAUUUGGGGGCGGAGGUGGUGGCAAAUUUGGAGGCGGAGGUGGUGGCAAAUAUGGAGGCGGGGGUGGAGGUGGAGGAGGAAAAUAA